AUGAAGGUAUGGGCUAUGAAAGAUGGAAGUUACUUGGAACUGGUGCAUACACAUGAGGAGAAGCACGGGAUCCUUGAAAUAUUUGGCAUGCAGGAUGCUCAAGGAAAGCCUGUUCUGUUCUGUUCCUGCAAUGACAAUUGCGUUCGCUUGUACGAGUUGGACUCUUUCACUGAGAGAGGCAGAAUCUGUGCCAAGAAAGAGGCCUCUGCUAUACCAGCUGUGCUAUCCCCAAGUAUUUUCAACACAUCUGGCUCAUUUUCUUAA